CGGUCAAAGUGCGACUUUGCCGCCGCCCUUCGCAGUGUGCAGCGGCCCAAAGAAUGCUGUCAGAAAGAAACUCAAAGGAUCGGGUGCGAGUACCCAUCUGAAAUCCAAUCGUUUCAUCUAUUCGCCUCUAUUGCACUGCCGGGAAGGUCGGAGGAGCAGUUGCCUUUGCCGCCGCAUCGAUCCCAGUCCUGCAACGUACUGGAUGGAGAGAAAGCGAGGAAGAGAUCGGAAUACCGAGCAUCUCCUCUACCUUUGGAUUCUCUUUCCCUUCGAUCGACUGUCAUCGGCCAAAUCCCCAUCCAAUCUGAAUCGAAGCUUCCUGCCACUUCAAAUGAGGCCAAAGCCAAAUCCUUCAGGGCGAAUUUGACGAGGACAUUGAGCUGGGUGUAUGCAAUCUUCAUCCUCAUGGUCGGGGUCAUCAUCUACAUGGCCGACCUUUUCCUCCCGGACGUCCGCAUGGCAGAGGUCUUCAACAUCUACCUUUCCGUUUUUGGGCUGGUGUUCCUCAUCUUCCUCCAUGCUGACAUCAGGAUCUACCAGAAGAAGAUGGAGAAGUUCCACCAACAGCGGAAGAGGGAUAGGGAAAGGGACAGGGAGAGGUUCCAAAGAAUGUCCCCAACCGGAGCCGGAAUAUUCUUCGCCUGGACGGGAUUAAGCCGUCCCUACGUCCCCAUGGACGGAGAGAGGAAUUUGGGUGUAGGGCAAGGCAACCAGCCUCAGGUUGUGACCCAGCGUGGUCAUCGUAAAGUCAUAGUUGAUGGCUACAUCUACCUUCUCGACAAGAAACUUGGGCAGAAGACCUACUGGCGAUGCGAAGACAGAACCUGCACCUCCAGAUUGCACAGCAUAGGUCACGUCAUUGUGAGGCCGCCAUCCGAGCGCUAUUCCCAUGCACCAUCAUCAAGUCGCGUCACUAAGGCUGUGAUGAGGUCUGAUGUUCGCCGGUUAGCCCUUGCUUCUGAGAGUUCAACCCGCAAAAGCGUGAAGCACCAUCAUCGCCUCCCCUGCUCUCCCCUCCAAUGCUGCACUGUCGCAGAUAGCUCGUUGCAAGCGACGGCGACAACUAGCAUCUGGCGUCGGAUGCAAGAACCUGGACUCCAAACUCGCUACGCUGACGACGUGGAGUUGCUUUAUGGUGCAAAUGCUUGCCUGCGCUGGCAUUUGUCUCUGAAGGAGAUAUUAUUCCAGCCGUACCGCUCCUGGCCUCCCCAGAACCACAAUUCCGUGGAGGGCUGGCACAAUCCCAUCAGCGGCUCGGUGAACAAAGCCCAUUUUUCGGUGCGAGCCCUUGGCUCUGAAGCUUCAACGAGAAGCUUAUCGGAGCGCCUUGGGGCUGGGCAUCAGCUUCCAAUGCCCCAGAAGAAAUAUCGCCGGUUGAACGGCAGAGUGAAAAUGGUCGUUUCUGGGUACAAGGGUUCCGAAUUUCCCAAGUAUUUGACGAGGGAACUGUUGCCAGACAGUUUGACUGUAGACAGCCUGACUCCGACGGAAGAUAUGUUCACUUAUUCCAUGGACAUGUCUCAAUACUACAAUCCUGAAAUAAAUUCAGACAUGGAAAAGGAAGAGAAAACGCCUUCAGAUCCGGGCUAUUGGUUCCUCACUGGUCGUCAUUCAGGAAGUAUCUAUCUCAAAAUUGGCACAGCUGGGUUUUGCCUUGGUCACAUGAUCCACGAGGGGCUCCUUCUGGGUCGACAUAUCGGCUUUCUUGCCAGUAACGAUGAAACAGUUUACAAGCUAUGUGCAAGCACAGCUGGCCUCUUGCUUUUCAUCAUACACCCCAUCUUUGUCUUCUACCAGCUUUUCAUUGUCUUCAAAUAUUCCAAUGUGGUGAUUGAGAAAUUCAAAGGGGUGGCUCGCUUCGGGCUCAUGCAUUGCAUUUCAACAAGCCUGUGCUUUUGGUUCUGGAGCAUCAUAAGAGAGACUGUAGAUCACCUCCAAAACGCCAUUGUCGCCCAGCCAGACCUGCUCAGGCCACUCCAAGUUCCCCAUAACCAGGGGUCAAGUUCCCUCAUAUCAGCACCUUUGGCAUAUGCACUCCCUCUGAUGGGACUCAAAGCAGGAAAAGCUGGUUACCAAGAUGACCUAGUCUUGGAGAUACUGACAGAAACGCUCAAUCAUACUGCAAUGUGCAUAAAAGAAAAUGAGCUUUCAGGUUUGAUUGGAAAAGCAGCUCCUUAUUUACAUCCUUUCUCCAUUGAAUUCAACAUCCUUGUUGCUAUGAUGACAGUGACUGUGAUCCUGGCAUACCGUCAGAUUGUGAAACUGGACCUGAUAACAAAUCCCACAGCUAUGCUGGAUACUCUGCUCCUUUUCAUAGCUAUCCCAUCAUUCUUCCUCUAUGGUAUCUUUAGCACUGUUCCAGCAGUACAAUUAGAUGAUUCCCUCAGCCGGAUGUCCAUUGUCCUCAGUGCCAUGCAGGUAUUGCAAGUGAUAAUCCAGACGCCCAUGAUAAUUGAGGGCCUUCAUCGGUGCACCAAUAACAAGGACUUGAAGGAGAAGAAGCCAGGUCGAGAACUCAUCACAUUCCUCAUUAUAGCAAAUCUCUGCACAUGGAUUAUUGAAACAUUUGAAAUCAAGUCUAGUGAGGCUCAUGCUGACCGCAUUGGUUUCUAUGGAAAAGGAUUAUGGACUCUCUUGUCCCACAUGACCCUCCCCCUGUGCCUCUUCUACAGAUGCAAGGAGACUGACAGAGAGUGCUUUGGCUAUUACUUCAACGGCAAGAUGUACAAACAAGAGAAAGUGAAAGCAGGCCAUUUGCUGGACAAAAUGGUUGGCUUUGGAAAGCCCAAGAGCAAGUCCAGACAAGAGAGGUUCUAUUCUGAUGGUGACCAAGGUACAAAUGAUGAGAUGAACCAAAUUUUGUCAGAAUUGGAUAUGCUGACAGAGCAGGAUCUCAAUGAAAAGUUUGAGAAGAUGCUGAGAGGGACACAAAAUCGACUGGCUACACGCUUUGAGAACCCUGAAGAUUACAUUAAUCAGCUGAAUCUUGUACAUGAGAUGAGUGCAAACAAAGUUUUGGGUUGUGUCUCAUCUCUUCGAGUUGACCUAACCAAUCAACCCCUACACUGGGUCAAGCAGUUUGGAAUUCAUGGAUUGAAAGCACUUCUAGGUGUCUUGGCCCACUGUUACUCCAAGAAGAUGGAACCUGUUUGGGAGAAAGUGCAAUAUGAAGUGGUGAGAUGCAUAAAGUCAACCAUGAACAAUCGGAUUGGGUUGAAGCAGAUGUAUGACACCAAGGAUGCAUUUGCCAUCCUGGCAAGUUCCAUUGAUCCAACUCACCCACAAGUCAUGCUAGAAGCUGUGAAGCUGAUUGCUGCAGUCUGCAUUGCUAACAAAGAAGGAUUUGAACAUGCUUUGCGUGCCAUCACUAUCAGCUCUGAACAUGAGAGUCGAGACCAGAGAUUCCUUCCCAUAGUAAAGGGACUCUUGGUCAAGGACAAUCCUCAGCUUAAUACGGCCUGCCUUCAGUUGAUCAAUGCUCUGGUGACAGAACCUGAAGACUUAGACUUCAGACUUCACCUGAGGAAUGAGUUCAUGCGUAUUGGACUUGGUGAUAUCCUUGAGGUAAAGUUUUUGUUCUCUCUGCAGUCAUCAGUGAAUUUGAAGGUUGGAAUGUUAGAUCGAGACCUGAUGAUGCAAAUUGAAGUGUUUGACAGUAAUAGAAUGGAAGAUUAUGAAGACUUUAUAUCCCGCUUUGAAAAUAUCAGGGUUGAACUAGAAGAUAGCAAGGACUGCUUUGAAUUGGUCAGACAAAUGAUUGCUGACACUCCUGCUGAGUCCUCAUUCCUUUCUAUUCUCCAGCACCUUGCCUACAUACGGGAUGACUUUGUUGCAAGGACAGCAUAUUUCCGCCUUCUGGAGGAAGUGGUAUCCCAGAUUGUCCUUCACAGAACUGGCUGUGAUCCUAAUUUUGAGAAAUUUCGAGUGGAUCAUGACCAGCUGAGGGAAGAUCUCAAAGCUGCGGAGGCCCAUGUCCAAAUGGAACUGUCAAGUACACAAGAGCUGCAGAAGAAACUGGAUGAGGCAUUGGGUGCUAAGCAAGAAAGUGAUGCUCAGGUAGAGCAGUUGAAGCAGAAACUUCAGAUGUAUGAGGCUGGAGGAGUACCUUCCCCCUCUGCUGGUAAGCUCCCACAGGUGAACAUCCCUAUGCCACCCAUGAUGCCUGGAACAGGUCCAACUCCACCCCCACCUCCACCUGGAUCUGGCCCACCCCCUCCACCUCCACCUCCUGGUUAUGUUGGUCCUCCCCCUCCACCACCACCUCCUCCACCUGGAGGAGGACCACCUCCCCCUCCAUUUCCAGGCCUGGGCCCUGGUCCACCCCCACCCCCUCCACCAGGUGGAAUUCCUGGAAUUGGUCCCCCUCGUCCGCUCAUUCAGAGUCCACAAAAAAGGGAUGAACUCCCAUAUGGGAUGAAGCCAAAGAAGAAAUGGGACCUUACUUUCCCCAUGAAAAGAGCCAACUGGAAGAAGAUCAAUCCUGAAAAAUUAUCAGAGAAGGCAUUCUGGGUGAAGAUUGAGGAGGACAAAUUGGCAUCAAGAGACAUCUUGAAUGGUUUGGAGUCCAAGUUCUCCACAAAGCCACCUCUAAAAACAUCAGAUGACAUCAGUGAUAAGAGACCAGGAACCAAGAAAGUGAAAGAGUUGGUGGUGUUGGACUCGAAAGCAGCGCAAAACUUGAGUAUCCUACUUGGAGGUUCUUUUAAGCAUGUGACAUAUGAGGAAGUGACGCUAGCCAUUCUUCGUUGUGACACAUCAGUUCUCAAUGAAACACUCCUGCAACAACUCAUCCAAUAUAUUCCCGCUCCUGAUCAACUAAAGAAACUGGAAGAAUUCAAAAACCGCUAUGAUGAACUAUGUGAAGCUGAGCAGUUUGCAUUGACUGUUGGCAGUAUCAAGAGAUUGGUACCUAGGCUGAAGUCACUAUGUUUUAAGGAACGUUUUGAAGAGAUGAUGGCUGAUGUAAAACCGAGCAUUGUUGCAGCCACAGCAGCAUGUGAAGAGGUAAAACUGAGCAAAAAAUUUUCUCUCAUUCUGGAAUUGGUCCUCCUGUUCGGAAACUACAUGAAUUCGGGGACAAAAAAUGGACAAAGCGUAGGCUUUGAGAUCAGCUUUCUCCCUAAGUUGAUGAAUACCAAGGAUGCAGAAAACAAGUCAACAUUGAUGCAUUACUUGGUGGAGACAGUGGAGAAUAAAUUCCCUGAUGCCCUGAGUUUUGCUGAUGACUUGAUUCAUGUGGAGAAGGCUGCAAAAGUCUCUACUGAUAUGCUGCAAAAGUCCCUUCGUCAAAUGGAGAGCAACAUAAAGAACCUUGAAAUGGAUCUGAAGAAUUCAACUAAGACUCCCACAUCAAUUGAUGAUCGUUUUGUGGAAGUCAUGAGUUCAUUUGCUGAGAGGUCACGAGAACAAUAUGAAAUUGUGCAAAACAUGUACAAAAAGAUGGACUCCCUAUUUACAGCACUGGCUGACUAUUUUGUGUUUGACAAGACAAAAUACACUUUGGAUGAGUUCUUCUCUGAUAUCAACUCCUUCAAGGAGAAUUUUACGAAGGCAUAUAAGGAUGUGCUGAAGUUGAGAGAGACACAAGAGAAGAUACGGUUGGCCCAGGAGAGGAAGGUGAAGAUGGAGCAAGAGAAGGCUGAACGGGUGGCCAAGAGAAAAGCCCUUGUUGACAUGAAUGCAGAUGAUGACCAGGAAGGUGUCAUGGAUAAUCUUCUUCAAGCUCUCCAGUCAGGAGCUGCCUUUGCACGUGAACAGAAAAGAAAAAGGCAGAGCCGGCCUGGUCCUGGAGAGAGACGUGUUCAAAUGCAUCGGCAGAGAUCUAGAAAUAACAUGCUUGCUAACACCUCUGCUGCAUCCAGUCCCUCAGCUCUAGAACAACUAGUUGAAGAGAUCAAGUUCCAGAGGAGCAAGGAAAUGAGACAGAGCCUCCGUGCUGAUCGUAAGUGCUUCUUCAUCUCUCUGUCAGAAGGAGGAGUCUUGGUCCAGGGUACAACAUAUUGGACAGACCUCUUUGUUCGACAUUUCCUCUUCCGUACAGACCGGAAUCAUGACAGUGACGAUCUCCUUUUCUUUGUACGCAAGAAGCACAUUCGAGGCAUUACAAGAUACAUUCCUCGCUAUGAGACGAGCCUUGAAGUGUUCAGAAAGGACAGUCGGAAGCUCCCAAUUGGAGAUCCAGACAUUGAUUGGGAAGAAACAGUAUAUUUGAAUCUGCUGAUCCAUGAUUUUGAAUAUACUCUCACCAUGGCCACAUGCACACGGACAAGUCCCAAGCAUCUUCAGAUCCUCCGCCGUCACUCCCAGAAGGUGUGGGCCUCUCCGAGUCGCCGUCGAAUGGACACGAAAGGGGACACGGAGGAAGUGACUUAUCCCAAUAUCUUCUUCAUGGUCGACAAUUUCGAUGAGGUGUUCGCGGACAUCGAAGUGAGGGACGGAGAGAUGGUGUGCGUGGAAUUGAUGGCAAGCGAUCGAGAUGGGAGUGGAGUUCGGGGUGUCACCUUCCUUGGGUCCAUUCGAUAUGAGGCCCUCAAGAGGGUCUACGAUGCACGGGCAAGUGUUACGAGUAAGAUGGCACAUCGGAUGACAUUUGGCCUCUUCCCUGGGUCUCGGAGCCAAAGGAUGGAGUUUAUGCGAAUGAAGGGACCUCAGGGGAAAGGACAUGCAGAAAUGGCCAUCGGGAAAGUCAUUGGCUCAGGAGUGGAGACUCCGUCUUCGGAGCCAGGGUUUUCCUUCACAGAUUGUGUCGAAUCUGAAGACGAGGACGAAUACCCUCCUUUCAGACAAAGGAGGCUGAGUGACCCGAGUAGCAACCUGAACACAUACAUCCGACCCCUGCGUCAUCGAGGAUCCCCAUUUUCAUCUUCCUCGACUGGAACUGGGAAGUCUCGCAGUGAAAGCGAAGGUCUGGACGCCUAUGCCAAUGGACUGUGUGAGGUGGAAGCUGGAGAUCCCAGGGAUGAUGUGUCUCCAAAGUCAGUUCAGCAAUUCAAGGUUGCCAGGGAUGGCACCAUUGUGACUUUCCCCCCUCGGUUACCAUCCAAGUCUACAGAGUUGGAUGACACGGCAUUCAAUCCGCUGUGGACAAUGCGAGGUGCAAUGCAGUCGUUUCAUUUUUGGAAGGAAUCUCGAAGGCUUCAGUCCCUGCCAUUGAAUGCUUACCUCACAUACAUUACCCUCCCCUGGUAUGCCAUCAUUCGAGACGUCCUGGAUCAUCGAGAGGAGCCGAUUCUCACUUUCUGAGCUGGAUGGGAAUGACAGAUUCCAGUGGCCAGGGAUGAAGUCAUGCCUCACCUGAAUCUCUUGAUCGUGAUCGAUUUGUGAUUCUUUGAUUCAUUUGUCUUUCUUCGUAUCAACUCACAUUCCUUCACUAAAAACCCUGACUGAAGCUAUUCAUUCCCCAUCGUAGUACAGGAGUUUAAAGUUACUACCUAUGUGGUGUUCUCCCCCUCUUUAUCAAAUUCUGUAUUUGCAUCUGUGUUCCAGUUCUCUACCCCUUCUGCAUCUUCGUGGACUGAAAAAAUAUUUCACUAUUAGGCAUC